UCUGUUUUGUCUUCAUUCGGUGUUUGACGUGAGCGCACGAGUUGUUGCAAUUUCUGUGGAGUAGCGGAAGAUUUGAUUCUUUGUAAAAUUCAUUAUACAAAAUUGUAAAUUUCCGGCAACUGAAACAGUUUUUAAAUUUGAUUAAAUAUAUAAAUCUACUUGGGUAAUCGAUAAGUGCGGUUUUGUGUUAAUAUCAUUGAACAAAAGUCGAGACACGACACAUUCAGUAACUUCUCCAGAUUUUCUUAUAAGAAACGUGCUGCCUCGUCUGUCAAACGUAAACGGCGCAACUUGUAAUAGCUUUGUACGUGUGUGUAUUGUUGUGUUGCUUAAAGAAAGAAGGGAAGGAGAUAAACAGAAAAGUGCAUUUUUAUAUGGAAGGCAAUUAAAUAAAUACGAUCAAGUAUAUAAAAACAAAACCUAAAAACACGUGCUAUUGCCAAACCACAACCAAAUAUAAGUGAAAACGCUAAAUAAAUUGUUUCGUUGCCGGUUUGAGAAGUCAAGGUUGUUAAUUUUCGUAUAAGUUGCGUACUUGCUGAUAAUUUACCGGUGAGGAGCUUUUUAUUGGCGCUAAAUAAGCAAAAAUGGUGCAGGCACUCGACUACGACUGCCAUGUGCAGCAACAGGAUAUUCCACAGGCCAUACAGCUGCUCGGUGAAAUGAACAGCAAUGUUAAGCAAGUCACCGAUCUGGUAGAGAGCAUGCUGCAGCGUGUAAAACGUGGAGAACUAACAACAGAAUAUGGCCUAAGCUUUCUCGAGGUCAAGUAUCACAUGCUACUCGAUUAUUUGAUAAAUCUUACAUAUGUUGUUUUGCGGAAAUGUUCCGGCGAAACCAUCGAAGGAGAUCCAUCCAUUGAGCGACUCAUUGAAAUACGCACGGUAUUGGAGAAGAUACGACCCAUCGAUCACAAGCUGCGCUAUCAAAUUGAUAAAUUGGUGAAGACAGCCACCACAGGAGUAUCGAGUAGUUCCGAUCCAAUUUUAUAUAAGCCCAAUCCCGAUAAUAUGCUUACAAACGCUGGCGGUGAGGAGAAUGCUGUGGAUGAUAUUGAAGAUGCUACAGAAAAUUCCGAAUCAGAAAGUGAUGAUGAAGAUGACGAGGGUGAGACUGGCGUGAAGAAACCGAAGAAAGGUGCUACUGCGGGUAAAUCUGGCAUAUAUGUGCCGCCUAAAAUUAAGCCAGUCUACUAUGAUGGCGAUGAGAAGUCCGCUGAUAAGGAUAAGAAAAUGAUUGAGCGUGCCAAGAAGCGUGCGAUUACGGCCUCAAUGCUACAAGAUCUAAAGGAGGAGUAUCUCGAUGCACCCACGGAACUUUCGUCUGGCUCGCGCGCACAACAGUUGCUCUCCAAGCAGCAAAAAGAAAAACAGGAAUAUGAAGAAACCUAUUUGACACGCCUGCCGGUGACUAAAGCGGAAAAGCAUCGUCAACGCAAGUUGACUACGCUAGGUACACUUGGCGAUGAGAUACUUGGUGAGAUUAGUCGCGAUCCGGCGUUACGUGGUGAAGCUUCGACUGGUGGCAGCAAAAAACGCAAAUUGAAGGCCCAUUGCGCUCUCCGCAGUUGUCCCGAACCGGAUGGUCGCUUCGCAGAUGAUGAGCAGUGUGACGGCUAUCUCGAAUGCAGAGAAGAUGUUGGCGAAGAGAAGCUUUGUCCCGAUGGUCUACUCUUCAAUCAACGUACCAAAACAACUGGCGAAUGCACAUAUUUGCCCUUCACAACAUGCAAGCAACGCACGCGUUUGCAACCAGCCAAUGGCACCGCUGAUUGUCCACGCCAAUUCGGUUUUUACUCGUCAGGUGAUCCAAAAAAUUGCGGUGUCUAUAGAAAUUGUGCUCACGGCGUGGCUACAGUCACCAAAUGUCCCGAAGGCUUGGCUUUCAAUGUUGAAUCCUAUCAGUGCGACUGGCCUGAUCAAGUUGCGGAAUGUGAUGCAGAAGGCUUCCUUGGUUUUACUUGCCCACCCACAGAUACUGUCGAUGGGGAAGAUAAAGAAGUGGAUGUAAACCCCGAUGGGGAACUACGCUAUUUCCGUCACCCAAAAACGUGUAAGAAAUACUUCGUCUGCGUUAAUGGUCAUCCUCGUUUGUACAACUGUGGCAAGUAUUUGGCUUUCAAUGUCGAAACGAAGUCGUGUGACUUUUACACACAUGUACCGGAGUGUUAUGCGCUUUUGAAGGAGAAGAAACUGGCAGCGGCCGCCGCCAGAGAGGCCUAAUGUGUAAUGUGUAGUUUUUUUUUUUUUUUUGGUGGUAGUCGGGAUACGUACCACAUCGUGUUUACAUCUAUGUAUUUUCCAUUGUUUUAAAGCUUUUUUUUUAACUGAACUAAUAAUAAAUAUUUAAAUAUA